AUGAAUCCCCUACUCCCAGUCGCCCUGCAGAACAAGCUGCUGGGCUAUGGCCGGGCGUCCAGAGCUCACUUAUCAGCCGUGAACCUGGACCUUAUCCGCAACAUCGUAUUUAUAUUCUUCAUCCUCCGCUACACGCGCAAGACCUACUAUUCGCUUCGCGGCUACGGUCUCUUCGGAAGCAUCCGCAACGUCUACAUCGCCUUUCGGCUGUUCUGUUACGGUAUCUUCCUGCGCGCUCCCGGCGUCCGCGGUCAAGUCGAUAAGCAGGUUUCAGAGGCUAUUGGAAACCUCGAGUCGAAGCUUGUGCAGAGUGGGGUGGAUGUGACGAGGUAUCUUACGCUGCCCAAGGAGGGCUGGUCGCCGGAUCAGAUUCGGACGGAGCUCACUAAGUUGGCUGGACUGGAACACACUCGCUGGGAAGAUGGCCGUGUCAGCGGCGCGGUGUAUCAUGGUGGCGAGGAUCUUUUGAAACUUCAGACGGAGGCUUUUGGUCAAUUCGGUGUUGCCAACCCGAUUCAUCCGGAUGUUUUCCCUGGUGUUCGCAAGAUGGAGGCCGAGGUCGUUAGCAUGGUCUUGUCUAUGUUCAAUGCUCCCUCGGAUGGCGCUGGUGUCACCACCAGUGGUGGUACUGAGUCAAUUCUCAUGGCCUGCUUGGCGGCCCGGCAAAAGGGCUUCCUGGAGCGUGGUGUGACGGAGCCGGAAAUGAUCAUUCCUGAUACCGCUCACGCCGCUUUCAUCAAGGCUUGCAACUACUUCAAGAUUAAGCUGCACCGCGUCCCUUGCCCCGAGCCUGAAUUCAAGGUUGAUAUCAACGCUGUGCGCCGUUUGAUCAACCCGAACACCGUUCUCCUUGUCGGCUCUGCUCCCAAUUUCCCCCACGGUAUUGUCGACGAUAUUCCCGCCUUGUCGCGUUUGGCGGUCAAGUAUAAGAUUCCUCUCCACGUCGACUGCUGCCUGGGUUCUUUCGUCAUUGCCCUUCUUAAAAAGGCUGGCUUCCCCUCGCCUUACGAGGAAGAAGGUGGCUUCGACUUCCGCCAGCCUGGUGUCACCAGUAUCAGUGUGGAUACCCACAAGUACGGAUUCGCGCCUAAGGGUAACUCGGUUGUUCUUUACCGCAACAAGGCCUACCGCAGUAAUCAGUACUUCAUCUACCCUGACUGGUCGGGUGGUGUCUACGCCUCUCCCUCCAUAGCCGGUUCCCGUCCCGGUGCGCUGAUUGCCGGCUGCUGGGCUAGUUUGAUGAGCGUCGGUGAGACUGGAUACAUCAAUAGCUGCACAGAGAUCAUCAAUGCCGCGCGCAAGUUCGACUCUGCUGUCCGUGGACACCCCCUUAUCUCGCUCCACAUGGAGGUCGUGGGUAACCCCAUGGUCAGCGUGGUCGCCUUCCGCAGCAAGAACGGCGCUAUUGAUACGUAUGACAUUGCCGAUGAUCUUUCUGCUAAGGGCUGGCAUCUCAAUGCCCUGCAGUCCCCAGCGGCUCUGCACUGCGCUUUCACUCUUCCCACGGCAAAGGCUGUUGACCAGCUCAUCACCGACGUGGCCGAGGUCAUUGAGAAGGAAUUGGCGAAGGCCGAAGAGCGCCGCCAGCAAGGCAAGGCCUACAUCCUGAAGCGUGGCGACACCUCCGCCCUUUACGGUGUGGCCGGAAGCAUCCCUGAUAAGAGCAUUGUGAGCCGUCUGGCAGAGGGCUUCCUUGACACUCUGUACAAAGCCUAA